AUGGCCUCGACUAGAAUACCUUUGUAUCGUGUUAAAGGUACACAUUAUGAGUGUGCACACGUCAUCGGUAAAUUAACACGUGAAACAAUUCGUCAUCGUAUUGCAGAUGAUCUUACUGUUUUAUCACCAUUAUUUGAAUUUAUUCAAACAGAAUAUGGUCUUCAUUUGUGUCGAGAUUUUGCUAAAAUAAUUCGUUUAUUAUAUCCAUGGUAUUGGGAUGAAAUUUGUGGUUUAGCUGAUGGUUCCGAAGUACCAUUAGAACAGAUACUUGUUUUGAAUUUUCUAAAUGAAGUUCAGACAGCUCAUAAUCUAUUAAAGGAAGAACAAAAAUUAAAUGAAACCGGUGAAAAAGGUUGCACAACAGUUUUACUUAAUCGACAAGAUACAAAUACAUUUUGUAUAGUACAUAAUGAAGAUCAUGCAUCAGCAUUGUAUAUGACUGGAUAUCUCGUCGAAGCAGAUAUUCAAUCGAUUGAAUAUAAUGAUGGACAACGAUAUAGUCCUGAAGAAAAAUUUCUUGCAUAUUGCUAUGCUGGUGCUAUUCCAGGAAAUGGUUUUGGUGCCAAUAAACAUGGCUUUGCAUUUGCUUUAAAUGGUCUUUAUCCAAAUUUUGUUGCUCAUGGUCGUUUACCACGGCAAAUAGUUAAUCGUGCUCUAUUGUCAAUACACAACGAAGAAGAUUUAGAUAAUUUAUUUCGUAUAUCUCCGGUGGCAUUUGGUUUUUGUGUCAAUGGCUCUUUUUUUCGUGAUGAAAACAGUUUGCUUAGUUAUGAAAUAGGACCUAAUUUGAAAAGUCCGAAUGAAAAUUAUGUAAGUAAAUGUCGCAUAAUAAAUGAUGGUCAAAAAGAAAAUAAAAAAGAUGAAAACUGUGAACUUAUAUCAAAUUAUCUUGUUCAUUAUAAUCAUUAUGAACGUUUAAAUCAAGUCAUUAUUCAACAAAAAUCUUUAGAUUCAACAUAUAAUCGUUGGAAGCGUGGUCAAGAAUUCGGUGAAAUAUUUACAAUUGACGAUGCUCUACGUUUAUUAGGUGAUAAUGAAAAUGAAUCAUUUCCAAUAUUUCGUAUUCCAAGUAGUACUGAUCAAAAUUCAGUUACACUUUGUACGGCAUAUUUUAAUUUUCAUACAUUACAAUUAUUGAUUUAUCAACACAAUCCUAAAGAUAAUACUGAUCCUUCAUUUACUUACAAUCUCAUGGACUUAUUAACUUAG